AUGAUGAUGAUGAUGAUGAUGAUGAUGAUGAUGAUGAUGAUGAUGAUCGAUGAUGAUGAUGAUGAUGAUGAUGAUGAUGAUGAUGAUGAUGAUGAUGAUGCUGAGGAUGAUGAUGGUGAGGAUGAUGAUGAUGAUGGUGCGCAGGUUAAGGCCGACGCAGCCCUCUUUGUUUCCGUAGAAUGUUGCCGUUAUGCCGCGAUAGAUGUCCACAUCUACUUAAAUCACUCUUCCAAAUCAAACCUUGUGGAGAAAACGUACAUACUUCCUGCAGGUGUAACAUACUUAAUUGCGGACCAGAAAGAAACUACUUCGACGUCCCUCCUCUAA